UACUACUUUCCUACUUCUCCAGGAGAUUGUAAAUGGCCUAGCUAGUCCAGGAUACUGAGCAGAUCGUAAAGAUAUUAGCAAUACUACGUCUUUCAUGAGGUAUGUCGAAAUUUAAUGGAGGAGUUUCAUGGCGCCGCCGUAUAUGAACAUGAGGAUUCCACCGGUAUGGGCAUCCAGUGUGUGUGAGACUGGAUGAGACCAGGAGGGCUUGAAGUGAAGCCUGUGUGCACUUUUCCCUUGGAUUGCUGAAGAGGACCUCAGUGCAGGUUCACACAGCACUCAGCAGGGUGGAGCCUCCUGACCCAUGGAGAAUUACUUCCAGGCAGAGGCCUUUAACUUGGAUAAGGUACUGGAUGAGUUUGAGCAGAAUGAAGAUGAAACAGACACCCCCACACUCUCUGAUGCUAAGUGGACCCAGAUUCUAGCCCCACCAGCUCACCUCCUGUCCCUGAACCCUGCUCUGACCCACUCUGAUUUGAGCCCACGGGACAGCCCUCUCAACUUCAAACCUCUGUCUGACUCCCCUGCCGAUGUCAGCUCCCCAUUGACGGACUUUGCUGGACCUGAUGGGAAACUGGGCCAGGGCCCACAAAUAGACACCUGGAGUGAAGAACGCUCUGCAGAUAUCCACAGCCCUCCGCUGCCUCAACCCAACAUUGGCAAAUUGGUCAGUGCUGACGGCCAAACGCAGGACCCCCUUCCUGACCCGAGAGUGGUCCAGGAGAAUGGUUAUCCCGCAAGUCCGGACCGCAGUGGGCUUGCCGAGGUGGGCCUAAGAGAUCAUGACACAAGCACUUCUGUUGCUGAACAGUCUUUUGUCUCGAACUCGUGCGUGGAUGCCCUUUGUGAGGGCCAAAGUGGUCUUGCGGAAGAGGACAGAUCCUCUCAUUUCUCCUUUCCUGUGGAAGGGCUAAAACUUGGCGAGCCAGGAUUGAAGGAUGGUUCUUCUUCAACGAAGAUGGAGUCCACAGAGACAGACAGGAAUGACCAAGAAUCAACAAAACAAGAGCAGUUCCUCAAGGCUGGGAAGGAGGACUGUGAGCAGGGCUUGCAAGAGGGGAAUUUCUCAGAGACAGUGGAAGUGGUCUCCGAGGAGACCAGCGGCGGUUGCAGGGAACAGGGCCAUGAUGUUAAAAGCCAUGUGGAUGCCUUCCAGAACGGUGGAUGUGUGAUGGAAAGAGAAACGUGGCCUUCACAUAAGGAAGCGAGAAUGAAAGAGGAAGCUCACGAUGGAGAGGAGUCACAUGCGGACUCGUGUGCGGAAUCGCCCCUUUCAGAUCAGCCUGUGUCCAAUGGGCUUGUGGAGGCAAACAAUGACGGCGAGCCAAGCCAGUCUCUGGCCCCCUCAAAGGAGGACUCUGUCACGGAGGAGAAGGAGAUGGAAGAGAGUAAGCAGGAGUGUUGUGAGCCGGGGGCCGUGGGAGGGGGAAGACUCAACAAUAACCGCCUGCAGCCGGUCAGCGUGCCCUAUGGGGGCGCACGACCCAAACAGCCUGUCAGUCUGAAGCUGCAGAUUCCCAAGCCGCUCUCAGGCCAGGUCCAGAAUGAACUGGGUUCCUCUGGUAAAAACAAGAACCUAGAUGUUCAAAGCAGAGUGGGUGUUGGGGAACCACCUUGUGGAGGAGUUGGAGGGGAAGGUGUUGGAGGUGUGGACACAAACCUAGUGAGGGUCAACCGGGAGAAUGGGGAAGCCCCUUUAGGCCUUCUUAUGCCCACUGAAAGCCCAGACAAUGACCUCCAGGCUGGCCAACAGGGGGCACUCACCAAAAAACCUUUCGGCUCGCUGGGAGAGGUGGCCCCUGUGUGGGUACCAGAUUCGCAGGCACCCAUCUGCAUGAAGUGUGAGGUGAAGUUUACCUUCACCAAGCGAAGGCACCACUGUCGAGCCUGCGGCAAGGUAUUCUGCGCUGCCUGUUGUAGUUUGAAGUCUAGACUGAUGUAUAUGGACAGGAAAGAGGCUCGGGUCUGUGUUACUUGUCAUCAUGCGCUGAUGAAUGCUCAAUCAUGGGAAAAUAUGGUAAGUGGUUGCAACCAAAGCCCAAACCCUAACAAUCCGGCAGAGUAUUGCUCCACUAUUCCUCCUCUGCAGCAGGCCCAGGCCUCCGGCACACUCAGCUCCCCUCCGCCCACUGUCAUGGUGCCUGUCGGUGUGCUCAAACAGCCAGGGACAGAAGGCUCUCUUUCACGGGAGCAGAGAAGAGUGUGGUUUGCCGACGGGAUUCUACCCAACGGGGAGGCCGCUGACUCUGCUAAGGUACCUACAACAAACCCUGCACCCUCCCAGCCACUGCCUGCAUCCCAGUAUUCCAGUAAAGCUCCUGCAGCUAAUGCAUCAAAGGCUGGCCAUGGCCCUGGGGCCCCGGUGGCCAGUCCGGUGGGCAGUUCCCUCAGCCUGAUUCCCGAGGACGGGCUCCCUCCCAUCCUUAUCUCCACUGGCGUCAAAGGAGGUACGGGAGGCCACAUCACAGACUACGCCGUGGAGGAGAGACCGUCCGAGAUCCUUCUUAUGCAGCAGUUAGAGGAAGGUGGCCCUGAUCCUCUUGUCUUUGUCCUCAAUGCCAACCUGCUGGCCAUGGUGAAGUUAGUCAACUAUGUAAACAGGAAAUGCUGGUAUGUGACGACAAAGGGCAUGCAUGCGGUGGGCCAGGCUGAAGUGGUGGUUCUUCUACAGUGUCUACCAGACGAGAAGACCAUUCCCAAGGACAUCUUUACUCAUUUUGUGCAGCUCUACCAGGAGGCUUUAGCAGGGAACGUGCUUAGCCACCUAGGCCACUCUUUCUUCACACAGAGCUUCCUGGGCAGUAAGGAACACGGUGGUUUCUUGUACAUUAGCCCCACCUUUCAGUCCCUGCAGGACCUGCUGCUGCCUAACCCACCCUACCUCUUUGGCAUCUUGGUGCAGAAGUGGGAGACCCCUUGGGCCAAGGUCUUCCCCAUUCGCCUCAUGCUACGACUCGGGGCAGAGUACAGAUUCUACCCCUGUCCAUUGUUCAGCGUGCGAUUCAGAAAACCCCUCUUUGGAGAGACUGGCCAUACCAUCAUGAACUUACUCGCGGACUUUCGAAACUAUCAGUACACAUUACCAGUGGUCACAGGUUUGGUGGUGGAUAUGGAGGUGAGGAAGACGUGCAUCAAGAUCCCCAGCAAUCGUUAUAACGAGCUGAUGAAGGCUAUGAACAAGUCCAAUGAGCAUGUGUUGGCCAUGGGAGCGUGCUUCAACGAACGGGCCGACUCCCACCUCGUGUGUGUUCAGAAUGAUGACGGCAACUACCAGACGCAGGCUAUCAGUAUUCACCACCAACCGCGUAAAGUUACUGGCGCUUCCUUCUUUGUGUUUAGUGGUGCUUUGAAGGCCUCGUCAGGGUAUUUGGCCAAGACCAGCAUUGUGGAAGAUGGUGUAAUGGUCCAGAUUACGGCAGAGACAAUGGACACCUUGAGACAGGCGCUCAGAGACAUGAAGGACUACACCAUAGCCUGUGGCAAGGCUGACCAAGAGGAGAGCCAGGAGCAUGUGCACAUACAGUGGGUGGAGGACGACCUCAACUUUAACAAGGGAGUGAUCAGCCCUAUUGAUGGUAAAUCUAUGGAGUCUAUCACCAGCGUUAAGAUCUUCCACGGAGCAGAGUACAAGGCCAAUGGGAAGGUCAUCCGCUGGACAGAGGUCUUCUUUCUACAGAGCGAGGACCAGCCCAACGGCGACCCAGCAGACCACAGCCGUCUGACGGAGAACGUGGCGCGUGCUUUCUGCAUGGCGCUGUGCCCACACCUCAAACUGCUCAAAGAGGACGGCAUGGCCAAGCUUGGCCUGCGGGUCACGCUGGAUUCGGACCAGGUGGGCUACUUGGCCGGCAGUAACGGGCAGCCUCUGUUGCCGCAGUACCUGAGUGACCUGGACAGCGCCCUCAUCCCAGUGAUCCACGGUGGGGCCUGCCAACUGAGCGAGGGCCCCGUCGUCAUGGAGCUUAUCUUCUACAUCCUGGAGAUCAUUUCUUAAGGGACUUUCUCCUCCAGCCUGAACCUCCAGUCCCAUCCGUCAGUCAGGCCCUUCUCUCUUUUUCCUUCACUCAUUUGCACUUCAAAAGAGCCUGAAAAGCUGUGCUGGAAACAAAAAGAGCAUUCCUCCAGGUCCUCUAUGCACCAUCUCCACCCUCCACCUGCACUGGGGCUUCCCUUUUUAGGGAAACUCUGAACAUGGUGCUGUUU